AUGCAAAAUCACUCGACCCUUCCUUUAUUCAAAUAUAUCGUGACACCUUGUUCGUCGUCAUCAAAGUCAAAGGCUUUCUUCAAUGGUAGGAAGUCACGUGGGACAGUUGUCUCUCGUUCGGUGUUGGCCGCUUCUCCUUAUCCCGUCUGUCUGAACGACAUGCCUCCCACCACCGUUUCUGAUUGGCAGAUACCACUCUCUCCCUCUCUCUUCCGUCUGCCUGAAACUAUUCCCCUAAGCCUUCCUUCAGCUAAUACUCCCUCAGAGAUAUAUACUGAUACUUCUACCCUUUGGUGGGUGGAGACAACUCCAUCUCUCCUUUCUCCCACUUCCUUAGACUCUCGAGAUAGACACUGGCUCUUAAGGCGUCCCAUUUCUUUCGGUAUAGCUAUCGAGCUAUCUCUUGAACCCUUAAGGUGUCAUAUCUGUUUCGUUAUAGCUAUCGAACUAUCUCUUCAACACAUAACUUGUCACAUUUCUUUCGAUAUAGCUGUUGAGCUAUCUCUUCGACCCUUAAGAUGUCACAUCUCUGUCGGUAUAGCUAUCAAGCUAUCUCUUCCGCCCAUAACUUGUCACAUCUCUUUCGAUAUAGCUGUCGAGCUAUCUGUUCGAACCUUAAGAUGUCACAUCUCUGUCGGUAUAGCUAUCGAGCUAUCUCUUUAA